AAUGAGGAAAUUCUCAAGGAGAAAGAGGUCUUGGCUAGCAGUGAAGACGGAACAGCUCUCGACCAAACCAUGUUGUCUAGGAUGGAGACGUUCGAAGUUAAUGGUCCAAAGCCCAAGAGGAGAAAUGGAAAGAACUGCAUCAUGGUCCUAGUGGUCAUGUACCUGGUUCUGCUCACCGUGGGCGCUGGGCUAUUGGUGAUACAAGUUCUAAACCUGCAGGAGCGGCUCCAGAUCCUGGAGAUGCCCCACAACAAUGAAACGCAGGCCCAGAUCACCCAAGUCCUCGCCAAGCAGGAGAGGCUACAACAGCAGAUGGACAACUUUACUCAGCUCCCAGGACCCCCAGGACCCCGAGGCCCACCAGGAAUCAAGGGAGAGGCAGGAAGAAAAGGAGACAUGGGCAUGAAAGGAGACAUGGGGGUCAUGGGACCCCCCGGAGCUCGGGGGGACAAAGGUGACUCAGGAAAGCCCGGUUCCCCAGGAGUGGCUGGAAUUCCUGGAAUCAAAGGUGAUCAAGGACCACCUGGAGUGAAGGGUCUUCCAGGCUCUCCAGGAGCUGUGGGAUCCCCAGGUGCCAAGGGUGAGACUGGCAGCAUUGGCCCCCCUGGGCCAAUAGGACCACCAGGGAUGCCCGGGACACCAGGAGUCGAAGGUGUGAAAGGAAGCAAGGGGGACACAGGACUUCAAGGACAGAAAGGAACAAAAGGAGAAUCAGGAUUUCCAGGCCUUGCAGGCAUGAAGGGAGAGAAGGGAAGCCCAGGCCUGGGAGGCCUCAAGGGGGCACCUGGACCAAGUGGCCAGAAGGGAGAGCCUGGAUCGAGAGGAGCUACUGGGCCACAAGGAGCCAAGGGAGAAAAAGGUCAAAAAGGCGACUCCUCAUUAGCCAUCCGGAUUAUCGGCUCUAGGACCCGAGGCCGAGCUGAAGUCUUCUAUAACGGUGCAUGGGGGACAAUCUGCGAUGACGGCUGGGAAAAUGCAGAUGCCACCGUUUUCUGCCGCAUGCUGGGUUACUCCUCUGGAACUGCUAUCUACAAUGUGGGAGCUGGCUCUGGGAACAUCUGGCUGGACGAUGUUGCGUGUCGAGGGUCAGAAUCGACCCUGUGGGACUGCAACAAGAGCAGCUGGGGCUCUCACAACUGCAACCACAGUGAGGAUGCGGGCGUGAGCUGCAGCUGACCCCACAGCCCACUCACCACUCUGCCCCCAAGGUGUCCACAGCCAAGACA